CCGGCCCGGCCAUGCUGGACUUCGCCAUCUUCGCCGUCACCUUCCUGCUGAUCCUGGUGGGCGCCGUGCUCUACCUGUGCCCGGCGUCUAGGCAAGCGUCAGGGAUCCCUGGCUUGGCCCCGACCGAUGAAAAGGAUGGCAACCUGCCGGACAUCACCGCCAGCGGCAGCCUGCACGAGUUCCUCGUCAACCUGCACGAGGUGUACGGCCCGCUCGUCUCUUUCUGGUUUGGAAGACGCCUCGUGGUCAGCCUGGGCUCCAUCGAUCUCCUGAAACAACACGCCAACCCCAACCGCCUGCUGGAUCCAUUUGAGACAAUGCUGAAGUCCUUCUUGAGGUACCAGUCCUGCCUGAAUGGGGAUACAGGGGAGAGCCACCUGAGGAGAAAGCUGUAUGAAAAUGGUGUGACCAAGUCCCUACAGAGUAAUUUUGCGCUCAUCCAGAAGCUGUCAGAAGAGUUGUUAGCCAAAUGGCUCUCCCUUCCUGAGGCCCAACAUGUGCCACUCUGCCAGCACAUGCUGGGCUUUGCCAUGAAGUCUGUCACGCAGAUAGCUAUGGGCAGCAGCUUUGAAGAUGACCGAGAAGUCAUCCGAUUCCGCAGGAACCAUGAUGCAAUCUGGUUUGAGAUUGGGAAAGGUUUCUUGGAUGGCUCACUUGACAAAAACACGACUAGGAAGAAGCUGUAUGAAGAUGCUCUGAUGGAGAUGGAAUCCACCUUAAGGAAAGUCACAAAGGAGCGCCGAGGCAGAUCAUUCAACAGGCAUGUCCUUGUAGACAACUUACUGCAGGGGAACCUCAGUGACCAGCAGAUUCUGGAAGAUACAAUGAUUUUCUCCUUGGCGGGAUGCGUAAUCACUGCUAACUUGUGCACCUGGGCAGUCUAUUUCCUGACAACCUCUGAAGACGUCCAGCAGAAUCUCUACAAGGAGGUGGACCAUGUUCUGGGGAAGGGACCAAUUACACCUGAAAAGAUCGAGCAGCUCAGAUACUGUCGACAAGUCCUAUGUGAGACAGUGCGGACGGCAAAACUUACUCCUAUUGCUGCACAGCUGCAGGAGCUGGAGGGCAGAGUUGACCAACAUACUAUCCCAAAAGAGACGCUUGUGCUUUAUGCUCUUGGUGUGAUGCUGCAGGAUAGUUCAUCUUGGCCUUCACCAUACAAAUUUGACCCAGAGAGAUUCAAUGAGGAAUCAGCCAUGAAAAAUCUCUCCAUGUUGGGCUUUUCAGGAAGCCAAGAGUGCCCGGAGUUAAGGUUUGCCUAUAUGGUGGCUACAGUUCUGCUGAGUGUUCUGGUGAGGAAACUGUACCUCCACCCGGUGAAAGGACAAGUCAUGGAGACCAAGUAUGAGCUGGUAACCUCACCAAAGGAGGAGGCCUGGAUAACGGUGUCUAAGAGAAGUUAAGAGCAAGCAAAACAAAGGGCUGAACGUGCCAGCAGUGAAGUUCUGAGCAAGGGCUUUAGAGGGAAGCGUGCUGGCAGCACAGUAACUCAGUCAAGGCAUUUUACAUCCAUGUUUUGUUACCUUCUUGUUCUUAACAACACCCCCUACUUGGGUACUUUUUCUAACUCAACCAAUGGUCGCAUUAAAGUAGAUUUAAUCUAUGUGCCUUUUUUAUGCUUGCUUUGGGGGUCUCUAGCUAUACCCUUGCAAAGGAAGCAAUAAAACCUUGCAGUGGUUUCUCAAUGAACUGUGAGGUGCUACCUAAUCACAGAGCAGGCUCCUGGUUAGAUCAGCACCUGUCCAACAGCAGCCAGAGCUGGAUAGGAGACUGUGCCAUGGGGAUUGCUUCUUUUUGGAUCCCAGCUAGAAAGACCUUGGAGGCACAAGGACAAAGUCUUUUUCUAAAUUUAGGUAUUUUUAUUCUAAGUGUCUUUCCUUCCCUUCAGCUACAGCUAUAACUGUCAAAAGGAGCAGAUAUAUCUUGUGAAAAGUGUAUAAGAGUGUGUGAGAGAGAGAAAUGAGAGAAAUAAAGUGGGGUGAGAAUAGCACCACCAGCUCUUGCUGUGUAGUCUUGCCAUGCUGUGGGGUUGUAGGAGAAAGGAUGACUGAGAAAUGUUCAUAAACUAGGAGGAAUAAAAUUGGUUUGGCCCCUGAGAAAACAGAAGCGUUAGUAAUAAUAUAAUGAAAUGAAAUAAAACCACAGAACAAAGCCGUAAGAAAAGCAUUCUCCAUCCUGGCAGUUCUGAGGGCAGUGUCUAAUUUAAUCAGCAUCAGAAAUGACGACAGAUGCUUGCAAAUCAUUCAGCACUGGGUCAGCAUGAAACUGAUCAUGCAAUACUGGAAAUGGAGAGUGCUGAUUGUUUUUAGGGCUCUGAAUUAAUGUACUCAAUAACUUAAAAGCCUCUCAAAGAAAUCUUCCUCCUCCUGCAAAACUGGUGCCAGCCAAAGCAGGUUUACAUGCCACAUGUUCACAUGCCCUUCCCUGCUUCUUUCACUCUUGUUUGGCUGGAAUAGCCAGCUCCUGAAAGAUUUUUCGUACCCCUCUGAGUGGCUUGUGAGGCAGGAACCUCUUAUCCCUUUGUCUCAGUACUGUUACCAUCCCACCUCAUUUCAGGUGUUGCUCUUUUCUCUUAUACAAGAUUGUCCUUCACCUGAUUGUGAUGAGUCUUUUCCUCAUUGCCUGACUCCUCUGUUAGGUCAAGUUUCUCGCUCCCUUCCCACCCAAAAGCUGUGUGGUGCGAGCUGUCAGCUCUUCAGAGUUAGCAUCUGAUGCCAGUCUCUAUGGGCAUCAGACAAAGAAACUUUUGCUCUUGGGUUUAAUGUGUCAGUUCUGCUUUUGGCAGAGCUGUGGAGAUUCAGAGCCCCACAGUGCAGUGCAUGUUAGAAGAAAGGCAGCACGGAGAUGCUCUUCUACUGUUUUUUGUCUGCUGGGCAGAUGAGGAAGGUUGCACAGUUUAGCUUGCUGCCUCUCUCUUGCAUUGAUUUUUAUAGUGAACUACGAGAAAGCACUUGCUAUUCUGACCUCCAUUUAACUGAAGGUUGGUCAUGUCCCCAGAUGGCAAUUCAUGUUAAGCUUUGCUUCACUGCUUAUGCAAAACGCCUAUUUUUCUUGAAGAUUGCAGAUGUUUCCUAGACCUUCUGGAGUAAUCAGUGUGGUAAAGGAUUUUACUUUAAAGCAUCCUUUGCAGAGGAGGCAAAACGGAAGUGAAGUUACUGCAUUCUCAGGAAAAAAUUAUAGGAUAGUGCUGUCCCUGCUAAGAACUAGGGUAGGAAUAGCUGACUUUAUCAUAUAAUGGAGUGACUAAGAUCUGUUUUCUUGUAGCCAUGUGGUAGGAGUGAAGCUUCAGACACCAAGAAGCCUUUUCAAAAGCAAUUGUCCAGACUUCUGUUACACUGUUUCUCUGGCUUGUUUGAAUUGCACCUGCAAACUACCUUGCAGCAGUUAUUUACCAAUUACAAGAAUAAAAAAUUAGAAUAAUUCCAUGUAA